CACUCUUGUUUUCAGCUGAAAGAGGAGGUUCCUAGUCCCUGCAAGUCCAAAGUACAGCGAGAAUGUGAAAAAUUGAAAAUGUCAUUGAGGAAAAUCGUCGAACACCUUCGCUGCAACCGUAGCUUUCACUACAGACUCUCUUCUACCUCCUCCUCACCGUACUCCUCCACCCGUUCCCGGCGAACCACGACCCACACCCUCCACCACCACCACCACCACCCCACCAAUCCAGAACAAGAACAACAAGAGCAAGACCCUCACUCUCUUCUGAAACAAGACCCAAUCGAGAUAUGCACCUCUCUAUGGGUCAAAACCUUCUCCUCCCCCAAAACCACCACCUUCCCCAACCUCACCGGCUUCCUCUCCAACUUCGACCUCUGGCUCUUCGCCUACCAGCGCACCUGUGCUCACACCACCGGCACUUUCCCUCCCCGCAACGCCAUCCACACCCACGUCCUCCGCGACCUUGUUUCCCUUCGCAACGCCGUCAUCCGCGGUCGUUUUUCCUGGAACGACAAGACCCGCCAGAUUAUUCGCAGCCCAUAUGACAAAACCUUCUCCAAACCCCUCUCUAAACGCAAGCUUCAUGCCGUUGUUCAAUCCAGUGAGCCUUGUUUCCAGGACAGGGUGGUUCAGGAGGUUCUGUUGAUGAUUCUGGAGCCCGUUUUCGAGCCCCGGUUUUCGCCUAAAUCGCAUGGUUUUCGACCCGGGCGGAAUGCACAUACGGUUAUUCGCACAAUUCGGAGUAACUUUGCGGGCUAUUUGUGGUUUCUGAAAGGGGAUUUGAGUGAGAUUUUUGAGAAUGUGGAUGUAAAUGUUGUGAUGGGUUGUGUUGAAAAGGGUACUAGGGAUAAGAAGGUCCUGGGUUUGAUAAAAUCUGCGUUGGUAGCACGUGUGAUCCGCAGAGAAGAGAGUAAGGAGGAGUUGAAUAAGGAUAAGAAGAGGAAAGCUACUAAAAAGAGGAUUCUGAAGGAGAAUGAACCGAAACCGGAUCCGUAUUGGUUAAGAACAUUCUUCAGUUUCGCUCCCGAGGAGGCUGCUAAGGUACCCUCUUAUGGCCAAUGUGGGAUUUUAAGUCCAUUGCUUGCUAAUGUUGUCCUUAACGAAUUGGAUUACAUGGUAGAGGAAAUGAUUGUUGAGUUUUUUAGGCCUUCUAAGUUUGAUGCUAUUUGGAAGCAUUCAAUUGAUGAUGGAUGUCAUAAUCCUGCAUGGCCUGAGUUUGUUCCUUCUAGUGGGAAAGAAAAAACUAGGAAGAUGGAUUACAUAAGAUAUGGGGGUCAUUUCCUGAUUGGGAUUCGGGGGCCUAGGGAGGAUGCAGUAGAAAUAAGGAAGAAAAUUGUUAAUUUUUGUGAGAGUACGUUUGGGUUAAGGUUGGAUAAUUCCAAGUUGGAGAUUGAACACAUUACAAGGGGAAUCCAAUUCUUGGACCAUAUAAUAUGCCGAAGGGUGAUACACCCAACGUUGAGGUAUACUGGUUCUGGAGGCAACAUAGUGAGUGAAAAGGGUGUGGGAACCUUGCUUUCUGUUACUGCUAGCUUACAACAAUGCAUUCGCCAGUUUAGGCGGCUUGAGCUUGUGAAAGGUGAUAAGGACCCUGAGCCCCUUCCCUGUAAUCCUAUGUUGUAUUCUGGUCAAGCUCAUACGAAUUCCCAAAUGAAUAAGUUUCUUGAGACCAUGGCUGAUUGGUAUAGAUAUGCUGAUAAUCGCAAAAAAGUUGUUGGCUUUUGUGCCUAUGUUGUUCGUAGCUCUUUGGCUAAAUUGUAUGCUGCAAGGUACAGGCUGAAGUCCCGUGCCAAGGUGUAUGGAAUAGCUUCACGAAAUCUCAGCCGUCCCCUGAGGGAGAGUACUAACAAUUCUGCUCCUGAAUAUUCAGAUCUUCUGAGGAUGGGGCUGGUUGAUGCUAUUGAAGGGGUUCAGUUUUCACAUAUGUCUUUAAUACCAUCUUGUGAUUAUGCUCCAUUUGCGAGAAACUGGAUACCAGAUCAUGAGAGGGUGUUGCAUGAGUAUAUAAAACUUGAAAAUCCUAAGUUUUUCUGUGACUUGCUCAGAUCUAUUAAGCAAAAAGGUUUGAUUCUUCCUCAAGAUGAAGUAUCUCAAAUGGUAUGGGACUACAAAACUCUUGGGGUUCGUCAUUUUCAACCUGAUGGAGAUAAAGAAGUUAAAAAUGAUUUAAAGGAGAUAACUGGGUAAGUUAGGUAUUGGUCUGAAAUUGGUGGAGUCUUCUUAAUAUAUCAAGGAUCUGCAUCAAAAUUGGUGAUCUCAGAAAAAUUGUUGUGUCUUGUUAAGCCAUUUUCUAUGUGCCUUGGUGAGAUCUCUCACUUAAAUAGCAUUAUGACAAGAAAUGUCAGUUCAGUUCAUGCUGACGUUAUACACAUCAAAGAUAGAAUGCCUCCAUCGGAAGGGUGCAUCACAACCUGAAAUAACCUCAAAUGGCAGUGUAAAAAUUCACCACUGACGAGGUGAAAAUACAGAGCAUGGCAACUGGUGCAUCCACAAAUUGAAAUUGUUACCUUGUUUAGUUGUUUGUAAGAUUUAAUUGCUUAAAAAGAAUAUCAAUGAAACAUUCAAGAGGAAAUAUUUGCAUGGCAUUUUAAGAGGUGGAAGUGGAGGGUUUCUUUUGGAAGAAAAUGAUGCGAUUUCAUCCUCAACUGAUAAUCUCUGUUUGCUGCUGUCGAAAUUCCUUGGACAUCGUUGGGUAAUAAACUAAAAUAUUUAUAUAUAACAGCUGAAGUUCAUGGACACUGCAAUUCAUUAUUCAUCCUGUAUGGCUGUGGAAUAAACCCUUGGGACAGGAAUGAUAGAUAGAUAUAGUCCUUUCCAGAAUGGUGAUUUUAUGAUUAUAAUGCAGGUAAAGUCUGCAUGUGUUUAAUUAUAAUUUUGCUUUUCCGUUUUGUUUUACAUUUAUUUAGGUUUGUGCAGCAGUUGUAUGUAGGGUUGUUCACUUGUUAUUGCCUAUUGGAAUCUAUUGUAUGGUUUUGUUUACCUACAAGUUAAAACAUUAUUAUUUCCUCAACGUGAAAGGUAGGUGAACAUUUUGAUGCUGGAUAUUAGGCUUUUAGCUUUCUGUGUUUUAACUUGAAUGUAAUAGCAAUUAUUUGAUUAAUCAAUUAUUUGGAUUUACGGUGA